ACACUGGGACCCACCUCCAAACCACUGGUAGAAACAGAGGUCUCUCACUCUGGGCCCUCCAGCCCACCGCACACCUUCACGGUGAUUCUAGCUCCCCACCUGCCCCGCCCAUCCCACUCCAGCUCCCCCAGCAGAGAGAGGGACAGGCUCCUGGGACUCAGAUGAGGACAUUUGGGCAUACAAUGCCGGCUCUCCCGCGACCGCCCACAAACCCCUUGUCCCCAGCCUCCCUGCUGGCUCCAAUUUGCCCUUUCUAACUUCAGCACCUCCCACGACUGAAGUGUGUACGAGGAAGACAGUCAAGCUCUACCUGCGUCCAUUUUCCCUCCUUUGGCGCCUGACAACGAUGAGAAGGAACCCAGGACUCUGAGAGCCCACUUCCUCCCACCUGGCGCCCCCGCAGCGCUCCAAGCCACCUCCCUCCAUCGCAAAGUCCUUGGAGCUUGUCCUUGGAGACCCAGCAGGGAGCCCGGGCCCAGGCCUCCAAAUUCCAGAACCCAUCCUGGAGCAGCCUUGGGGGACCUGAGCGUCAAGGCCCCAUUCCCCCUUCCAGAGAUGAGCUGUCUAGAACAAGGAGAGAACACUUCAUGGCCAUCGCCGGCCAUGACCGCAGGCUCAGAACGAAGCCGUGAGAAACAGGGGGCCAAGUCCUCGAGGUGGACAAGGCAGGAGGCUGUGGCGGAAGGGGAGCUACCGGGUCUGGGGGAAGAUCCCCAGGCCAAGCCACCUGCUGAGUACGCCGGGCUGGAGGCCACGUUCCCCAAGGCCACACACUUGUCCCAGGCUGCUCCUUUGGCCAAAGUGGGCGCCCCACCAACAGAGUGGGACAUCUUCCCCCCUAACCACGAAGCCUCGGCCGCUGGCUCCAGCACAGACGAGCUGGAGCUGGACAUAGGGUUCCCAGCCACAGCAUCGUGGGGGUAUGAGCUCGGCCUGGUGGAAGAGAGGCCUGCCCUGUGCCCAUCCCCACGGGCCCUGUUACCCAGGCUGGGCUGGGACGACGAACUGCAGAAGCCGGGGGCCCAGGUCUACAUGCACUUCAUGCAGGAGCACACCUGCUACGACGCCAUGGCAACCAGUUCCAAGCUGGUCAUCUUCGACACCACGCUGGAGAUCAAGAAGGCCUUCUUUGCCCUAGUGGCCAACGGCAUCCGGGCGGCACCGCUGUGGGACAGCAAGAAGCAGAGCUUCGUGGGGAUGCUGACCAUCACAGACUUCAUCUUGGUGCUGCAUCGCUAUUACAGGUCCCCGCUGGUCCAGAUCUAUGAGAUUGAAGAACAUAAGAUUGAGACCUGGAGAGAGAUCUACCUUCAAGGCUGCUUCAAGCCUCUGGUCUCCAUUUCUCCCAGCAGCAGCCUGUUUGAAGCCGUCUACACCCUCAUCAAGAACCGGAUCCACCGUCUGCCGGUCCUGGACCCGGUCUCAGGCGCCGUGCUCCACAUCCUCACACACAAGCGACUGCUCAAGUUCCUGCACAUCUUUGGCUCCCUGCUGCCCCAGCCCUCCUUCCUCUCCCGCACCAUCCAAGAUCUGGGCAUCGGCACAUUCCGAGACUUGGCCGUGGUGCUGGACACGGCGCCCAUCCUGACGGCCCUGGACAUCUUUGUGGACCGGCGCGUGUCUGCGCUGCCUGUGGUCAACGAAGCUGGACAAGUCGUGGGCCUCUACUCCCGCUUCGAUGUGAUUCACCUGGCUGCCCAGCAAACCUACAACCACCUGGACAUGAGUGUGGGCGAAGCCCUGAAGCAGAGGACACUGUGUCUGGAAGGAGUCCUUUCCUGCCAGCCCCAUGAGAGCUUGGGGGAAGUCAUCGACCGGAUUGCCCGGGAGCAGGUACACCGGCUGGUGCUAGUGGACGAGACCCAGCAUCUCCUGGGCGUGGUGUCCCUCUCCGACAUCCUUCAGGCACUGGUGCUCAGCCCUGCUGGCAUCGAUGCCCUCGGUGCCUGAGAAUAUCUGAGUCCUCACUCCCAGGCCGUCUUCCACACGCAGAAGCCAACGAAGGGAGCAGGGAACACGGUCUCCAUCUUUCCCCACCCCAGUUUGCUGGUUUGGCUGUGGUUCAGGCUUCACCAGCCCUCUGUCAUUGCCCUUGCCCUGCCUGUGCUCCCAGAAGCCCUCAGGAAUUCCCAGUCCUCCAUGGGAUGAUGAAAUUAAGAACAGCUGAGUCGAGCCUGGAGAUCUAUGAACCAGAGGCACUGAGAUUACCCCAGGGCUGCUUGCUCCAUGCCUACCCAUAUCACUUUCCCCCCCACUGGCCCCAGUGGAGCAGCGAGCCUUCAGCCAGUUGGGUGUAUUCAGGGGCUCUGGAUUCCUCAGCUUCUGGACUACCUGGGAGGCCCUGCUAUUCUUCCACACUACUAAGGGUGGCUCCCCACAACUUGGCCACUGCCCUUCUUCCCUCCCAGCAUUGAAACAGCAGCCAUGUGGAGAGCCUGUUGAGUGGGGUCCUCCCUCCAUUCUCAUCCCGAGCACCAGCAGACGGUGUUCUCAGUCCCCAGUGACAGCCUGUGUUUGGAUCACUGAGGAUGAACACUGAGAAAACAAAAAGAAAAAGAACAACCAACCUGUGCACUUAAAUUGUAUAAGCUUCACUCCGAAAACGCUAGUCAUUUGGCCUGAACUUGCAGCAAGAGCCCUGUGCUUUCUGAAUUCAAAGACGCGAGGGAGAAUCUGUAAUUGACAAACGCUACCACUGGCCUUGCUUUUGUGCAUAGAGUGUUAGUUUCUUUUUUCAUUUUUUAUUUAUAACAAAACCAUAAAGAAGAUGUUAAUUAGUUAA